GAUUAAGAGAUCACCAGCGAAAUGUAAAUUCUUUAACAAAUUCAGUCAAAGAGCCGAAGACGUUAUCUUCAGAACUCUGAUGUUGAUUAAGCCAACAACGUCGAUAUUCAGCUUUUCCGCCCCUCGCUUUCUCGCAUCUGUUUCUGGUACCAUGUUACCAAGACAGGUGGUUUAAAUCAGUACUGCUUUUAUAUCUUAAGCAGUGUAACAGCUGAAAAUGGCUAAAAAUCCUACCACGAUUUUACUAAGGUCUUGUUUAAUUAUACUUUUUUUUCUACCGAAUUCUGUGGCAGCUCUGCGAGAAUGGCAGCCAGUCCUUGGUGUUAUUUACCAUCCAAAGGAUGAGCUUCUCUUUACAGCCUUUAAACAAGCAAUUGAUCGCCUCAACAAACAGAAUUUACCUCAACAAAUUGAGGUGGUCAGUUUCAAGACAUACGGCGGCGAGAAUAUACUGAGUUAUGAAUCAACCAAAAGUCUCCGCUCUUCGACCUGCGUCUUCGACCUGUCCUUCAACGAUGAAAAAACCUACGCAUUAGCGGAGCUGCUUCGCACCCCAAUGAUCAGCCUCGAGACCAUCAAGACUGACAUCCGUAACCGUUAUAUCUUCUCGCUUCGUCCAUCUGAUGAAACCCUUGCUCUGGCCACCAAUGAUCUUAUGAAUUACUUCUUCAAGGAUAAUAGAAAAGUAGCGAUAGUAGGAGACGUCAAACGAGCCCAUCUCACUUCACGUAUAUUCUCCAUCGCGCGAUAUCGGAAUCGAGUAACACCCAUCAUGAUUCCUCUACUGAACUCGAAUAACGGUAGAGAGACGCAAAGAGGGCUGACAGUGUUGCUGAGGUCAAAUAUCAAGUUUGUCGUACUGGUAGCCGACCCGCAGAAUAUCAGCAAACUUUUGGAGAGGGCCUUGAAAAGUGGUUGUGUGUACUCAGACUCUAAGUGGAUUGCAGUUGACAUGGARCUGACUGGUAAUAUCUCAGCUCUUGAGUAUCGUGGCCUUGUAGGGCUUCGUCUUUACUAUGACUAUCAACAUAAACUAAAACGAGAAGCAGAAAGACAAACAAGAUCAGCGCGCUCUAAAAGAAUAUCUAUGGCAAGCUUCGCAGUCCUCAACGACUCCAUACAUGCAGUCAGUGAAGCUAUUCGCAAGAUCAAGCAAAUCCCCUACUACAUUCAAGGAGACGACUGCCCGAUCAAAGAAGCUACUGGAUCAGACGACAGAGGACAAAGCUGGUUUAUCAAUAAGUUAAUGAUGGUUCGGUUCCAAGGUCUUACUGGACCAGUUAAGUUCAACCCUAAAUCACGUGACAGAGAAGUGCAACUGAUCGACAUUAUGAACAUACAAGCUCAAACAGGAAUGCCGCCAUCCUUUAUGUAUCCGAUCGGUUACUGGAAAGCAAACAGAGAUACCGUGGUUGGUUCCGUGGUCCUGAAAAACAACGAUGUAGUUUUAUGGAAUGGUUUUUACUGGGAAGAAAUCCGCUGUGACUUCAGAAGCCUUGCUGCAAGGCAAAAGUUUAAUCGCAAUCGUAAACCUUUAGUUAUAACUACUAUAUUGGACUCUCCUUACAUGAUGCUCAAGAAAAACGCGUCCAACCUGAAAGGUAACGACAGAUUCGAGGGGUUUGGAGCUGAUCUAAUCAAACUGGUGGCAGACAAACUGAUGUUUAAUUACAAAAUCGUGGAAAGCAGGGAGACGUCUUAUGGUUCUCCAGUUGGAGGAGAGUGGAAAGGGCUGAUAAGAGAACUGAUUGAUCAGGAAGCUGAUGUAGCUGUUGGUCCAAUAACUAUUACAGCAGAACGAGAAGAAGUCAUCGAUUUUAGCAAACCUUUCUUGGAUUUUCGAAUCGCGAUGAUUUUAACAAAGCCAACUGACGAAGAGGUGAACCUGUUCGCCUUUCUUUUACCGUUUGAGGAGCAGUUGUGGCUGUGCGUUUGUGGAGUCGUGGGUGCGGUAACCAUCAUCAUGUGGUUCCUUGAUCGCUUCAGCCCCUACGGUUACCGCGCAGACGCGAAGAACACAGGUGAAGGGGAUGGUGGUGAAUUCAGUCUGUCGAACAGUCUCUGGUUUGCUACUGGGUCGAUCCUUCAACAAGGUGCAGAUACCACACCCAGGUCAGGGUCAGGGAGAGUGCUGGCCGCUUCCUUUUGGUUAUUUACUCUAAUACUGAUUUCUACCUACACAGCUAAUCUUGCCGCGUAUUUUACAGCUAAGAAUACCAAGUCAACAAUAAACUCGUUAGAGGAUCUUAUCGGACAAGACAAGGUUCAAUUUGGUGUUCUUAAAGGAGGCUCUUUGUACACGUUCUUUGAGAACUCCAAAGUUCGUACCUACAAAAGGAUGUUCGGGAUGAUGAAGACCUUGGACACAUUCGUAAACAGUACGAGAUUUGGAGUGAAAAAAGCACGUGAAGGGAACUUUGCUUACUUAACGGAUCAGCCGUCGUUGGAUUACUACAACCAACGCAAGCCGUGUAAUACUAUGCUGGUAAAGAAUCUACUCGAUGCAAAAAGUUAUGCCUUGGGGUUACAGAAAAACUCAGAAUGGACUAAUGAGUUGUCGGUUACAUUACUUGAGCUUCGCGAGGAAGGAGAAGUGGAGAAGCUACGACUACGUUGGUGGGAUGAUCGUAGUGAGUGUCCUCCCGAAGACCCGUCCAGUUCGCAACCAGCCAGGCUGGCCCUACAUCAUCUGGCUGGUGUGUUUAUUAUUCUAGGGGGUGGAGCAGCUAUCUCUCUAGCUUUGUUACUGGUGGAAAACAGAUGUAGAGAUGUGAUGGGCAGUGGUAGAUCACAGAUGGCAGAAAGUUCUCGGGACGAUAUUGAUGGAAGAUCCUGUAACCAUAACUCGCUCCCAACCAGUGGUCGCGCAGAAAUGAAACCCUUGAACAACAACGAGAGGAGGUCUCCAAGACCACCGGGUUUUGACAUUAGGAUACCUAACGCUUACGCUACUGCUCCUGAAAGUAACCUGUAAAACCGCCCACAACUGACCUGUGAUGGACGAACCAUAUCUUAUCACACGGGAAUUAAUGCAGUCAUAGUGCUAUUGUACUUUUGAUCAUUAAUAUUAAUACAAACAAGUUAAGAAAACCCCGUAGAACCGACCAGGACCGACCAGUAAGGAACAAUGGUGGUCAAUUAUAAUCAAUUUAUAUCGCUUCGUUGCAAUUUAAUAUUUGAUAUUAAUAACAAAAGAAAAGCAUGCAAGCAGCUGUAUAAAACGGCCAGUAGUAAGGCUGCGUUCAUAAUGUAUGGCAGAGGGGGGCCAGUGAAAUUUAAGGAGGAUCGUAAAAUUUCUUACCAGUAAAAUGAGG